UUGCCUUUUCUUUCUCCGGGCUUUCUGGACCCGUGUUUUUUUUAAUUACUUUUUGCAUGAACCCUUAGUGCUAGACUUGCUUGAUUCUGUUGCCCAACCUUCCAAGGACCAUGUCUUGCACCCCGUCUGCCACUGCAACGGAGUACACCACUAUCACCACAUUUACGACGUCCACGUCCCUCUCACAGAGUGUAGCGAACAAUCAGGGCGCAGUCACCACCGUUGUGCAGCAGACCUGUAUCGCCACUGGCACCUUGAGUGGAUCAAAUAGUACAGGUUGCAUCUCGAGCACAGCGGUCACUCAGGUGAACACCAUUGCAGGCGGGGUUGUCACCACACAAGUACCCGUAAUUGUGACGGUUCCAGUCACCCAGACUCAACCAACGAACACUCUCUUCGCCUCUUGCUCUGAUGGUUCCACCCCGUCGCAGACAACAUCGCAUUCCACGGCUAGUCAAACAAGUUCUAGUUCAACUCCUAGCCCAGUCACAACGUCCGUGCUAGUAGAGACCACACCUGCGCCGUCUAUUAUCACCCAAUCGUCUUCUACAACCCUUUCGAACGGCGAUGUGGUCGCGACUGUAAUCACUACAACGUCUACACUCCCAGCAUCUUCUGUUUACGUACCAUCUGUGAUUGCAAACCCAACUGUCACAAGUACCGAAAGUGCGAGUGGAUCAGGCACAGAUGUAGCCCCCAUAGUCGGGGGUGUGCUUGGCGGUUUUGUUGGAUUGAUCGCGAUCGUGGGCAUUUUGUGGUACCUCUGCCGCAGACGCAGAUCUUGGGAUGAUAUCUUUGAUAGAGAAGCCAUUGAAGAUGAAGAAUUUGAUUCCCCAGUUGCUGUGCGCCGAGACCGUGACAGGAGCAUGCUUGAUCUCGGCGCUGAGCCUAAACCAUACCAGUAUGGUCUCGUCGGACAUGUAACGCCACCACCAGGGUCAAGUUCACCGCCAAGCAUUCACCAAUCUCAUCAUCCUUCAUUCAGCACUUCCGUGGCAAGUAAUCACAGCCGCAAUACGUCAGUCACCCCUUUGCUUGGCAUGAGUUCUGCGCCCGGGAAUGCUUCGAAGGCUUCCAUUUCAGGGUCCAUGCAGGCAGCACAAACGGCUGUUGCGCAGAGGCAUCUCAGUGCGACAUCCCAAUCGACAUCCCAGUCUUCCAUGGGCCCUCGAUCGCUGUCUGUGGUUUCCACCACCAGCGCGACGCCUUUGUUAGAUGGAUCCGGAUCUUCCUUGCUUUCGUCGAACAACCGCGUUGAUGAGCUUGGCGUAUUUGAUCCGCUUAAUCGCACAGGAAGUCCUACCCCUGUGAUUGACAGGCGGGUCUUGCAAAUCAUCAAUGAUGGCCCUCAGUCGCCCAAAUCGCCUGUUCUUGUUUCUGCACCUGCACCUGCACCUGCACCCGCACCCGCGCCUUCUUCAUCUGUGCCUGCUCGGCCGCCUGGUAAACGUGCCCCAAGACGAAGGAGAUCUAACAGUGUUGUUGUGCACACAGAUGCCGGGCUGGUUUCUCCCACUUCGGGUAGUACUGCAGCAAACGAACCCCCACCCUACUCGAGAGAAUAGUUCAUCCCUCUCGCUGAAAACAGUCCAUUGAGCACUGAUAUCACAUUUACUAACCCUACCCCAUAUUUGGACUUGCGAUGACCGUACUAUAAC